AUGACGCUUGCUUCUCAUUCGACGAUGGGUGCGCUGCAAUUCAGCGAAGAUGUCAUUAAGCAGCUUACACCCGAGGAAGUAGACGAGUUCCGAGAGGCAUUUAUGAUGUUCGACAAAGACGGCAACGGUACGAUAUCAACCAAGGAACUCGGCAUUGCAAUGCGAUCACUUGGGCAAAACCCUACUGAGCAGGUGAGGAAGCUGAGAACUUUUUUCUGG